AUGACUUAUUUCCUCACGAUGCCCACUCCAAGAUCAUCAAGUCCGCUAAAUCGCGGGCGCAACGUGAUUAUGAUGGUGUCGGAUGGGUUCGGUCCUGCUUCUCAGACCUAUGGGCGAUCAUUCUGGCAAUAUCAGAACAAUUACACGUCAGAUCACAUAACCUCUCUUGAUGAGAUCCUCGUUGGAUCAUCUCGCACUCGCAGUAGCAACAGCCUAGUAACAGACUCUGCAGCUGGCGCUACAGCCUUUUCUUGUGCUUUGAAAUCCUAUAAUGCUGCUAUUGGAGUGGAUCCAAAUGGUGUUCCUUGUGGCACAGUUCUUGAAGCUGCCAAGAAGGCCGAUAUGUUAACAGGAUUAGUUGUAACCAGCAGGGUCACACAUGCAACCCCAGCAGCAUUCUCAGCUCAUGUAGCCCAUCGUGAUAUGGAGGAAAUUAUUGCAACGCAACAGAUUGGCGAUUAUGAACUGGGACGACAAGUGGAUCUCAUGUUGGGUGGUGGUCGAUGCUUUUUCUUACCCAACACUACGGAAGGAAGCUGCCGUACAGACAGCAGGGAUCUCAUCAGAGAGGCUCAAACCCACCAUGGUUGGAAACAUGUCUUGUUUAGUGGAACCGAAUUUGAAUCUCUGGUAAAGGCUCGUGACGGAGCAGUACCUCUUCCGCUCAUGGGCUUAUUUAAUUCCGAUCAUAUGAACUUUGAGAUCGAUAGGAGAAACACUCAAUCAGAUGAGCCUUCAUUGAACAGGAUGGCAAAAGUAGCCCUAGAAUCCCUGAAAGCAAAUUCUAGGGAAAAAGGGCGAGGAUUCUUCUUAAUGAUUGAAGGGUCUAGGAUUGACAUGGGCGCGCACAAUAACGAUCCCGUGGCUCAUAUUCACGAAAUCUUGGAAUACCACAGAACCAUCCAGGUGGUUAAGGACUUUGUAGCUCAGAACGAAGACACAAUCAUGAUCUCGACCAGUGACCAUGAGACUGGAGGCUUUACGCUAGGAUUGCAAGUUGACCCAAAGAUCUACCCAGAGUAUCUGUGGCGGCCUGAGGUCAUUGAGCGUGCGAAAUUAUCGACCGAGAUCUUGACGAUGAAGCUCAUGGCAUUCCACGCAAAUGAACCAAAAGUUAAAAGCGCUCAUAGCCAGGAACGUCGUCGCCGCGUUGAACAUUAUGUAUCGACCGAGAUUUUAGAGAGAGGAUUAGGAAUCAAGGAUCCUUCCAUGGAUGAGAUCGAGUCCUUGGCGGACCCUACAGUACGAUCUGCUGAUGUCAUGCGAUUCCUGAGUCGUGCCAUCUCUCGUCGAGCUAGUCUUGGAUGGACCACCAUGGGUCAUACAGGUGUAGAUGUUAAUCUUUAUGCUAAGGGCUCACCCGAUAUUGGGAAGUACACCAUGGACAAAUUGAGAGGCAAUCAUGAGAACACGGACAUUGGAAACUUCAUGUCAUGGUUCUUGGAUUUGAACCUAAAAGAUGUUACAGACCGUCUUGCCAAGUAA